UUUCCUUAAAAGGAAAUUGAUCAUUGAAAAAUCCACAAAAACCUCACUGUGAAUUCAGUAAGGAAGAUUAUCAUGUAUAUAUUCAAUGCUGCCUGUAACAAAAUUAGUAUAUUACUAGCUCUUACAUCUUUGGUGUUGUAUUGAAGUUAUUUCAAAAGAUUGUUUUAGGCAUGGAAUUAAUAUGAGAGAGAAAGCUUAACUUGGACAGCAAGAAUCUAAAUAUCAGAGGAAAUACCAGUCUAAAAUAAUCCAUUAACUUAUCUAUGAGUACCUAAACAUAGUAUCUUAAAAAAAAAAAAAAAAAGUUAAAUAAAAGAAUUUUUUUUGAAGUUUACAUGUCACAGAAACUUAAAAUCCACUAUGGUUUAACCUUCUGAAACACAUCUCAAUUUAUUAAAAUAACAAGUUUUCCUGUUAGAUGAUCAGCGCACACCAAAACCCCUUCGGAUACUGGCUUACAGAAAAGUUCAAAGAAAAUGAGAAGUCUUGUUUAUGAACACAUAGAGUAACUGGAAAUUAUGCCAAGCAAACUCCCUCUAUCCACCAGUCUAUGUUUUUCUUUUUCACUUAUGUGCUAAUAAGCUGGCUUAGUAUAUACUUCCAAAAUUUAAUUUUCAUGAGAUUGGCUAUUUCAGAUCUCCUUUUUAAAGACUGACAUAUUUAUCUGCACCAGAAAACCCUUUUCUAUGUCAUUGUCAGUGGUAGCUGAUGAAAGACAUAUUUUAAGCUGUUCUCUAAUAUGAAAAAGGGCUCCCCUAAAAUCUACUUCUCCUUGACUAUUCUUUUUCCCAAAACAAGUAUUUAUAUCCUGAAACAUUGUCACUUAGUAGCAGUAGCACCUAUUUGCCAUCAUUCUCUUCUUCCUUCCCUAGUUUGCCUCCUUUUCCUAACCUACUACUUUCUCAGAAUGACAACUGUGUUUUCCACAAUUGUUUCCCCCUUCUUUGUUGCCUCUCCACAACUCUGUUUUGCUUCUUCUUAAAACUCUUUCCACCUUUCAGGCAGGGAAAACCACUCAAAAGACAUUGAAUAUUGGAAAUUCUUGCCUCUUUUUUUUUUUUUUUUCUGCCCUUAAGUUAUCUGAAGUACCUUACGUGUGACAGGCCUGUGGAUAAAAGCACAGACCAUGGCAGACAGCAAUGAGAUGACCAUCAACCUUGUUGUCCUUGGAAAACCUCAGACUGGCAAAAGUGCUGCUGGGAACAGCCUGUUGGGCAGCUCAGACUUCGAGAGCCGACUCUCCCCCAGCUCUGUGACUACGUGCUGUAGCCUCGGACGCAGCGGCCGCAUUUUGGGGCUGUUACGGAGGAACGGCUGCGAGUCAGCUCUCCGUGUUCGAGUACUGGACACUCCAAGCUACCCUCACAGUGCUCUGGGCAAAGAGCAAGUGAGAGACAUGGUGAGAGCAGCCCUGGCUCAGCACUUCAGGGAGGAAGGCCUGCACUUGGCUUUCUUGGUCCUGAGGGCUGACCUGCCUCUGUGUCCAGAUGAAAGCAAUGACACAGUUCAGCUCAUCCAGGAACUUCUGGGUUCCACAUGGAAAGAUUUCACUGCAGUUCUACUUACUCAUGCAGACAAGGCAGAAGAGGCUGGAUACAGUAAGGAAACAUACUUGCACAGUGCCUCAAGUACCCUGUUGUCACUUCUGAACUCUGUACAGCAUAAAUACAUUUUUCUAGACAACCACAACAGCAUAAUCAAAGAAGAAAGAAAUAUUGUCUUAAGAAAGCUCUUGAAUUUUAUACGAAAAAACAAUUACCAAGUACUACUUAAACACAGCAAGGAAUAAAAUUAGAUUUAAGGUGCUCACUUGUCUGUUUUCUACAGUAGGUAACAUCUUAGAAAUAAAAGAGUAAAAGCCAUCAACUGGAAAACUCCACAUACAUACCAAACACCUUUGAACACACAGUUAGAAAUACCUCUUUAGAUUAUCAAACUCCUUGACUUCCACUGCAUUCAGAAUCCUAGGUUCAACCACUACAUCAGAACAAAAUAGUGCUCCAAAAUCAUGCUCCUAAUAUGUGUGUAGUUAAAAUGAGAUUUUGCACUACACCAGACUGUAUAUUCCAGUUCACACAGAAUAUAGAUCUGGAAGAAUAAAAUAAAAUUAAAAAAAAAAAAAAAAAAAAAAAACAAACAAAAAAAAAAAAAAAAAAAAAACACAACACCACACACACACACAAAAAGAAACAACAACAACAAAAAAACCCACCACAACAAAAAUACCAAGAAGGAAAAAAAAAAGUUUAAAAUGCCAUGAGUUCAGACUCAGGGGGUCCCUUUGCUCAAUUCUUCAAACUUCCAGAAGUUCCUCUGAACUUCCAUUUCUAAAAAGAGCUCUCUGGUACUAAAAGCUGAGAUUUAUCUAUGGUAAAAUAUUUCCCUACCAUGAUUCAAGAUCAGUUAUAACUGAGUUCUUGAACUUAAAGGAUUUUACUCAGUAAGACAUUAUUGGAUAUACAUUUUCCAAGGCAGAUAAAAUGGCUUCCAUGUGCUUAAUGCUAUUCAGCCCAUUUAAAAGAACUAAUUACUAUUGCAUAUUACCAGAUACAUGAAAAACCAACACUUUACAGGCCCCAAAAAAACUCAUUCAAAAAAAAAAGUCUGUUCAUCUCCUCUUUACACAUGUUUGUUUUAAUUUUAUAUCAUUGUCAUUCUGUUUUCUCUCCACUUACUGGAUGAAGUUCAAAGCCUACAAAACUUAGAAAGACCCAAGUUUGGUUUUAUUUCAGUAGUUAAAAUAGUAUUUACUGUUUCAAUGGUUAUACAGCAAUAAUUUAAUUUAGUAUUAUAUACAAAAUAUCUGAAGCAUCUCUAAAUAGCUACUUUAAAGGGUUAUUAUAAUUGAUCCAAAAUAUUGAUUUUUAUAUUACUCUAAGUAAGGAACUAAAAGAAUUUAUUUGAGCCUAAUAGCCUAGCAACAUGACUAUUUGUGCAACAUUACUAUGAAAUAAUUCUAAUAGUAGAAGUUGAAGAAGCUAUUUCUGUUAAAAUAUCAUUGCUUAAAAGCACGUUAAAACAAAACUGAAAAAUUAGUUAAUUUUAUACCUGUUUUGUUUUGGUUUGGUUGCUUUUUGGGUUUUCUUAGGUGUUGGUUUUCUGGAGUUUGAGGGUUUUUUAGUUUUUGAUUAGUUCCAGAAAUCUGUUAUUAAUUAUUUCUUAGUCCUACCUAUCGGUUUGGAAGGCUAUACCUAGGUGGACUAGAUAAUUAACUACUCUAGCAAAGUGGCAGAUUUGAUAUUAAUGAAGUUAUAAUGACUUAGUUGUGGGGACAUUAAAAGUGUGUCCAUUUGUACAUCCUGGGGCAUAAACCACCACAGUUUAAUCUUCCAGUUACAACUGACUGCAGACUACAGAGAGAACACAAGCAAGAACAAGGUGCAGAGGCUUAUAGUACAUCUGAAAACUGCUUGGAAGAAGAGAGGAAAACCUUUACAAAGUGACUAGAAGAAUAAAAACAAUUGUGGUCUUCACUAAUCAACUGCUAGUCCUGCAAUUAGAGGACAAGGAACAUAGCAGAAUAUUUUCCUUAUUUCUUUUAGCUCUUGCUAAAUAGAAGCUCUACACCUUCAAGCUGUCCAGAAAAGUUACUUGCCUGCCUGUGGUCCCACCA